CAUUAUGGAAUACAAAGCAAGCAUCUCGUGAUAUAUCCCAAAAAAGCAAUUAAUUUGAUAUUUUACUUUUAAAAAUCACGUUACAUUUUUAGCUUUUACAGGUAGAAUUAUCAAUAGCCAAGUAUUAUGCUCAUGAUCUGGAAAACUCCAUUUCAGGUGAAGACCCUUUGUUCAAUUUUUAACACCAAACAUGGCCACAAAAGAGUCGAGCUCUUCUGCUGCUGCUGCUGCUGCUGCUGCUUCAGCUUCAGGGGACACUAAAAUCAAAAGGGUUCUUACUCAUGGUGGUAAAUAUGCACACUACAAUGUGUAUGGAAACUUGUUUGAGGUGUCUUCUAAGUAUGUGCCACCCAUUCGCCCUAUUGGUAGAGGCGCUUAUGGUAUCGUUUGUGCUGCUGUUAAUUCUGAUACACAUGAACAAGUUGCCAUCAAGAAGAUUGGUAAUGCAUUUGACAAUAUAAUUGAUGCUAAAAGGACUUUGAGAGAAAUCAAGCUCCUUCGUCACAUGGAUCACCCAAAUAUCAUUGCCAUCAAGGAUAUCAUACGACCCCCGAAAAAGGAGGCAUUCAAUGAUGUAUACAUUGUCUAUGAAUUGAUGGACACUGAUCUCCAUCAUAUAAUUCAUUCUGACCAACCACUUCGUGAAGAACAUUGUCAGUACUUCUUAUAUCAGCUGUUACGUGGGUUGAAAUAUGUGCACUCAGCUAAUGUUUUGCACCGUGAUCUUAAGCCAAGUAAUUUACUAGUGAACGCAAACUGUGACCUUAAAAUUGGCGACUUCGGUUUGGCAAGGACAACAUCUGAAACAGAUUUCAUGACUGAGUAUGUUGUCACAAGAUGGUACAGAGCCCCAGAAUUGCUCCUCAAUUGUUCUGAGUACACUUCUGCAAUCGAUGUUUGGUCUGUUGGUUGCAUAUUUGGUGAAAUUAUGACCAGAGAGCCCUUGUUUCCUGGCAAAGACUAUGUUCAUCAACUAAGGCUUAUCACAGAGUUAAUAGGUUCACCUGAUGAUGCGAGCCUUGGAUUUCUCCGAAGUGACAAUGCUAGAAGAUAUUUUAGACAGUUUCAACAGUACCGGAAGCAAAAAUUCUCGUCCAGGUUCCCAAACAUGUUACCUGAGGCACUUGAUCUGUUAGAAAAGAUGCUUAUCUUUGACCCAAACAAACGCAUUACAGUUGAUGAGGCACUGUGUCACCCAUAUCUUUCAUCACUUCACAACACCAAUGAGGAGCCAGUUUGUCCUAGGCCUUUCUCUUUUGAUUUUGAUCAACCUACAUGCACUGAAGACAAUAUCAAGGAGAUCAUUUGGAAGGAAUCUGUGAAGUUCAAUCCAGAUCCACUUUGUCAGUAAUCCUUUACUUAUUUUGUAUGAAUGUAACAAGACGAACCUCUAUUGCAUGUCCAUCGUUCAGAUGCUUCACUAAGGACAGAUAUUUUCUUCCUUUGUAAUCUAAUCUUAAAACCAACUCCGAUAUGGAAAGAAAAUUCUCUUGAAGAAUAGGUAAAAGUCGGAUGUUACACGCAUUUAUACAAGUAAUAAAAAAGCUGUUGUAUUGUUCUGAAGUUUGCUUUAGGAGGACUAGGGUGUCAUGACUCAAUAGCAAAGCAAAUAUGAUAGCAAAUUGUUAGCCUGUCAUAGACAUGGAGCUUCUUUCAUAAAUACCUGAUAAUUAUCUUUAAAUUUCGUUUUUAUGUUUCAAUUAUGUAUUUGGCAACAUUUGUUACGCGUGUAACAUGCCUUCCUUCACCUAUGGUGAUCAGUGGCCUUUCUUGCUUCA